UCCCUCCUUCCGCCUUCCGCGUAGUUACCUCAGGCAGGGAGCCUUCCGCGCCUGCGCGGUGGAGUCUCCGCGUCCCUUUCCCCCCUUGUGUCCUCCAUGGAGCAUCCCGGUGCCGAGAGCCCUGGCGGCGGGAGCAGCAGCGGCGGCGGCAGCACCAGCAGCACCAGCAGCCAGGAAGGCGAGGAGCCCGAGUCUCCCGGAGGCCCCGGGCCUGAGGAGGAGGAAGACGACGAGGCGGCGGCGGCCGCCUCCCCGGCCACUUACGCGGUGAGGGGAGCUGCGCCGCUCCCGGGGACCAGGAGGGCAGUUAGGCCGCGGCCCUCGCCCUAGUCCCGCUUCCCCGGCGGAGAAGGGGAAGGGCGGCAGGGCAAGAGGCGGGCGUGUUGGUGGAGGGCCUGAGAGGGCGGGAAAGGGGGUGGGUGGGGGCAGAGGGAGGCUGGGUUUGAGCUGGGGGGCUGGGGUGGGGACUCGGGAGGGUUAGUUGCAUGAUGUGGGUGGGAGGGGGGGGGGUCCCGCGGGCGUUAACCGUUGAGAAGCAGGGAGGGGGAACCUCUGGGCUCUAAAGAGUUUUUCUCCGCUGGGAGUUCUGGCAGGUGCAGCUGAGCGUGCACAGGUGAGGAAAGCCUCUCCAGCUGAAACCCCUCUCCUCUGUCACGGUUAACGAAAUCAAAUUGCGGGGGCAAUUAGAAUAAGAUCUAUUAUUUGAUUAUUAAUGUAAACCCCCAAAGUUUUUACCUCUUCUCUUCAGUACAUUUUAUUUUAUUGCUAUGGCUAGUGGCUGAUGCAAAUAAAGAUUCUACUGUAUCCGUCAUUGUUGACAAAAUUCCCUCAGCGCCCUCAGAACUGCCGUCCUCCUCUUAACCCUCCUAGGAAUUCAGGGGUUGACAAUAACGAUGGUAAAGACUUGGCAGUACAGUGGUACCUCGGGUUACAUACGCUUCAGGUUACAUAUGCUUCAGGUUACAGACUCUGCUAACCCAGAAAACCUGCUAACCUUGGGUUAAGAACUUUGCUUCAGGAUGAGAACAGAAAUCACGCAGCGGCGGGAGGCCCCAUUAGCUAAAGUGGUCCCUCAGGUUAAGAACAGUUUCAGGUUAAGAACAGACAUCUGGAAAGAAUUAAGUACGUAACCAGAAGCACCACUGUAGUGUGCAGAGCACUUUGCAAGGCACCACCAUCUCCAUGUUCCUGGUUCAUUUCUGCUUUGUUAUGUAUUUUGUGCCUCUUUUCGUGUUUUUGUGUUGUGAUAUUUGGAUGAAGGAUGAUAAUGCGGAUUGAAUAAAUAAUACUAACUGAAGCAGGUGGUCUGCCUAAGGCACACUGUUGCAUUGGUCUUUAGCUGGUGAGCUAGGACCCACUUCAGGGUCACAACAUGUUCUAAGGUGGGUUGCAAGAGCUGCACUACUGCCCUACAAAUACGGUACAUGCUUUAAAAAUGUAAGUGGGUUCCCAGAUUCAUGCCUUGGUUAAAGGUAGACCCUGGAUCAAAAUAGGCUGAAACUUGUUACUCUAGUGUGUGUAUUCAAGCAGAGGUUUAAUUUAAAGCACUACUUGUGGUAAUGUACAGCACCACUUAUGGCAUGUGUACUCUGAAGUAAGUUUCAUUGGUUUCAACCUUCCCAGGUUGACGAGCCCCUUUUGACCCUCACUUCCCUCUACAGUAUGUGCAGAAACCACCUUAUUGACCUUUGGACCCACUGUUUGCCUCAUCCGCUCAAUCUGUCAGACCCUGUCUACACAUGCAAGGAAGUCCCUAACUCACUGAGGGGUUGAGACCCCUCAGCUAUCUUUACCUAUUUUAGCCAGCCACUUGAAGUUGUUCUCUGUGUGUGGUACUUGUCACAUGCUGACACAGAGCCACAGAUGAGAGCUGAGUGCAGGGUGGGGAUUAACUACCCAAGAAGGAGCACAAUGUGUCCCCCUCCGUAGGUACUAUCAUUCUGCUAACACCCCAUAACCCAUUCUCUAAAUGGCCAACUGAAAUAAUAUAAUAAUAGUACCCUGCGCAUCAGUUUUGUUGCUUCCAACAAGUAUAAAAGCAUAACAUCAAACAUUAAAAACUUCCCUAUACAGGGCUGCCCUUCUGUAUUUUUGGCCUAUUAGAUCUAGUUCUCUCUAGUUUAACUUACUUUGCCAUCUGGCUUGGCUAUUUAGUGACAAAAAUUGGGACUGAAAUAUACUAUAGGAAAGAGAGGGACAUCUUAUACCAGCUGGCUUGUGGAUAUGAAAUGGUAGCAACAUUUGAACUAAGUGAUUGUGAACAUGCACAUGAGCACCAGCAUUUGAGGAGGGGAUAAAGAUUGGGAAGCUAACAGACUAAGGUGAAAAAGUAGGAUUAUGGCUACUUCACCUAUCACUGAGCAUACAGUAUGUGUACUUGCUGUCAUAUUUGAAGUACUACAUACAUAUGUAUUACUGCACAUAAAUGGUGCAUAUAUGGCGAGGAGGCAUGGCCAGUCAUGACUCCUCUCCACAUGUACAUGUGGAGCUUUCCUUUUUAAUACUUAAUAGCUGAAGCAGCUCUUCACUGGCAAGAUUGUAUGUAAGAAGUGUAUUAACUUUAUGACGGUCCAAGCAAGCAGAAACACAAAGGGAAUGCUGGAAAGUCCCCCGUUUUUAAUUCUUUAUUUUCUUCCACAUAAGAAUAGCAUGUGGUACAAUAUGAGAAAGCUUCUGCUGUGCCAUAAGCUUCAGUGUACAGUAUGCACCUACCUACCAUUGCUCAUUGUUGGUGUAGUUAAAAGACAAAUAGGGUACUAUGGCAGUUUUUCUGAUAUAGUUAAAGCAGAAGAAUAAGACUAUAAUGUUAGGGUUAGAGUCUAACAAUCUGUUGCACACUACCCCAAUCUCUUGAGUGGUAUGAGAUUCCACAGGUUCUACACACUUACCCAGGGUUCUUGAUUCCUUCAGAAUGAGGUACAGUAGAGACUCUAGUGUCUUUAUGAUAUAUGGUUUAUUUACACAUAUAUGCAACCUGGGCCUACUAUGGAGGGGCUCACAGCAUUAAUACCCCAAGAGGGUCUUGCUUCUCCAAUUACCACAAAGUCACUUCCUUUGUUACCUUAAUGACCUAUACUUACACGGCCAUUCCUUCACCAGGAAGUUAGCCUGGCUAUUCCAGGAAUUGAAUCUGUGCUGGAUCCAGAAAGUAGAAGGCGGCUCCGGCAUACAGCCUACCUCCCCCUUCAUAUUGGCACCAAUGAAGAGUACGAAACUAAAUUGUUCUCUGCCAUUUUGAAGAAUCAGAAUUCAAAAGGAGUUGAUAGUUGUUUUUGUCUUGUGCAAUGCUUACUAAUAUCCUCUCUCUCUCUCUCUCUUCGUAAAAAGAUGAUGGAAGAUUGCUUAUUGAAGAAAAUAGAAAUUAGUGUUGCAGAAGCAGAGAAACGGACUGGACGGAAUGCCAUGAACAUGCAGGAAACUUACACUGCUUACCUCGUGGAAACAAGGUGGGUAAAAGAGCAUUCAACCAAGGUUAGUUAUCUGAUUGGCUCUUCUCCAGUAGUUUAAGGGCCAGUUACAUUGCAGUAUUCUAUGGCUGCUUUUGGAUGACUACGGAAACAUAUACUUGAAGGACAAUUCAUAUUAGCCUACUUGUAGGUGAAUCUAUGAGCCGAGGGUUGUAUGUAUUCCACAGAAUUCUUUAGUACUCUGAAAUAGAUUGUAUAGAUUUAAUCUUUGUGUCUCUUCUUGUUUAGUUACUCUACUGACAAGAAUUCAAAAUGCUAGUAUCAGUAGCCAUAUAUAAGCUCAACAUAGCUAGCUGACCACGCAUUCUGGAAGCAUUUGCAUAUAAAUGUUGGUUGACUGUUGUGGCCCUUUGUACAUUAUUAACCAAGCUGUUCAGGCUUACUGUAGCACCCUCUCUAACACAGCUUUAUUUAUUUUUUUGCAAAUAAUACACAGGUACUAUUUUUCUCUGUUCAAUAAAAUGAGCGUUCUAGACUAUUGUUUUCAAUCCUAAUAGUCCUGUUCAUCUGCUGAAAAAACUGCCUUGCUACCCUGUUGACCUUUUAGCUACACUGUGGCGCAGAUGGUAGGGUUUUCCCCUUUCUACAGCAUCUCAAACAUUAUUUCUUCAUAUCUUAUUAAUUAGCAAUAUUGGUGAAUUGCUUAAGCCCUUAUUAUAAAUGAAUUUUGUAUCAGCUUUGCUUAUCUAAGAUUAUUUUGAACUGGAGAUCGAGAGCAGUGGCUAAUUCUGACUGCUGGAAACAAGAGAGUCCUUUCUUGUUUGUUUGUUUGUUUGUUUCUUGAAGUUCAGUGCUGGAUGAUACUAUAAAAUCAAUAUAUGGUGAUCAGCCCAUUGUAUCUCCAUCACUAAAAAAUAAACCUCCAAAGCUAGGUUAAAUUUACUAAAGUUGAUAUACUCAGAAAAAUGUAGUGUGGAUAAGUUUUGCUUUGAAUGAGAAUGGGUUAAAUCAGUAACUUGUGGAUUUUUCAGUUUUAAAAUAAGAUCCCUUAUUUGUCUAAUACAGGGACAGGCAAUUUUUGACCUUCAGCUUAAUUUCAUGUAUCCCUUGCACUAAUUUCUUAUGUGUGGCAAGGAGGGUGACUGGGGGCAGGCUGGAGGGUAACAGGGGAGAGGGAGGUGGGAAAAGAGGUGGGCACAAAGAGAGAGAAAAGGAACAGUCAUGUCUACUUUUGCUCUAGUACCACUUGUCACUGGCUUCUGUCCUGCCCACUGCUGGGGUAAGAUUCCUGGCACAUAAUCACUGAGGGAAUGUAGCUGCAGCAGGAAAAAGAUUCUCCAGCCUUCCCCUAAUAGUAAAUGUGGUCAUGAUGCUUCCUAUCUGCAGUUGCUGAGUUCCCAGUGUUUCAUGAGUAAUCACUUAGACUUCUAUCCUAAAUCCACUUACCUGGAAGUAGGCUUUAUUGAACUCAGCAGGACUUGCUGCUGAGUAGACAGGAUUGAUCUGUUAAGGUUCCAAGUUAUUUGAAUUUAAACAUAUUAAGAAUUUCUUAAGUAACAUGUGCCCUUUGCUAGCUCUGUGCAGUUAGAGAGGCUAGAUUUGCUGCGAUUUAAAACACCAAAAUAAAAAUUAAAUUAAAAUCAAUUAAAAUAACAAAAUCUAAAUGAGAAUUCAAGUUCUGUGGACUUGUUUUUUAACAAUCCAAAAAAUAUUAACAAGCUGUCUUUAUUACAAGUGAUCUGCACAUUGGGUCAGAACAGGACUAGUUAAAAGGAUCUAUCUGUAUAAGAGAAUUGCUAACUUGAACGCUGACAAUGAUGCAGUUCACACAUAAUGCUAAUCUAAGUCAUUGCUUAGUACAGAUGUGCAGUUCCCAGAGGGACAAUUGUAGCUGUUUCGCUGAUUCCCUGGUCUUGCUGGUAACUUUAUUAAAUCAUCUUCAGAUAAAUCUGUGAAAUAAAAACUAUCCUAGGGGAAGAGGAGGUUUGAAGACUUGCUUAAUAGUAAGUAAUAAGGACUGAAAGAGACAUGGUUGGCAGUAAAAAUUGAGAACUUACAUCCAGUGGUCUCAAAUGGGCUUCCCAGUAGACCCUCCCCAUGCCAAAGGGUUCUAGCAUAGUCUCUUGACUGUUGGAACAUUAAGGAAAUGAAACAAGUUGUAAUUGUUCUACAGGGUAUAAUACACAUCUUGUAUUCCCAUACUGCUGCUGUUCGUUAUUUAUACAUCACUUUUGGUGUGUGCUUGGCUUUGUAUAUAGAGCAAUGGGGCAAGCAUAAACAGUGUGGCAGAAAUGGUUAUAGUGUAUUGAAUUGUUUGUGUGUUAGAAAUGAGGAGUAUUGGGUUUGGCUUUUUUUUUUAAACAAAGUUUACAAAAGCAUGUUGCUUGACACCUCUAGAUUACAGUUGUGUGCAACCUAUUUGUCAAUGUAAAAUUCCUCUUCUUAUGUUAAAGUAUGGAGUUUAUUAUAUUGGACUGCCUUUCAAAUAUCUUACUAAGUACUUAAGUUCUUCCUAAUUCAAGUAGAGAAUUGGACAGCUCUUAUCAUUUCCUUUGAUAUGCCAGCCUUUUCACAACUUCAGUGGAGCAAGGAAGAGAAAAGAGAUUUAUGAGUAGGUAAAAAACACUGAUCCUAAGGUGGGAAGGACCUGCUGCAUUAUCCUUUAUUCAUUGCUUAUCUGUCUGCUUUAGCAGUCAAAUACCCUUUUCUGUAUUUCAUAUUCAAAUAAUUUUGGGCACCUAUAAUAUUUACCAGGACGCUGGUCUAGAAGGAUUUUAAAUAGCUGUUGGACUACUGGAUCCCUUAAAUAUAUUCUUCUUUGGAGAAAGGCACACAAAUACAAUCAUUUGGCUAAGUAUUCGGCAAAACGUAACUUUUAUUCUCAUGGAAUAAUGGUAAUAUGCCUGUGCCCCUUCUAAACAUUGAAUAAUUCAUUUGUAAACUUGUAUUAAAAGUGUGUGAACCAAGCCUAACCAUGUAAGUCAUCCAGUCAAAAGGUGGUUUUUUAAAUUGGGAAAUAAACAAUGUCCUUCUUGUGUUUUACUAAUUUAUAGGUUCUUUCUGUUUAACGGCCCAUUUUCAGAUAGAUACAGUGGUGCCUCGCAAGACGAAAAGAAUCCGUUCUGUGAGUCUCUUCGUCUAGCGGUUUUUUCGUCUUGUGAAGCAAGCCCAUUGACGGAUUAGCGGAUUAGCGCUAUUAGCGGCUUUUAGCGGCUUAUCAGCUUAUCAGAUAAGCAGAUAAGCGGCUUAGCGGCUUAGAAAAAGGGGGGGAAAAGGAAAAAAAACCGCAGGAACUCGCAAGACAUUUUCGUCUUGCGAAGCAAGCCCAUAGCAGAUUCGUUUUGCGAAGCACCUCCAAAACGGAAAACUCUUUCGUCUAGCGAGUUUUCCGUCUUGCGAGGCAUUCGUCUUGCGGGGCACCACUGUAGUUUUAUAUAGCAAUGAGAAUUGAUGGAUCUUCUCCACCCAUUGGUUCAGUUUGGCAUUUCUCACUAAGGUAAAUAAAUGUGGGUUUAGAGUAAUUCAGUAUCUUAAUCACUUACACCAUUAAAUGGUGGAAAUUCAGAGGUAUAACCUUUUCCUUAACUUUUCCCCCAGGCAUUUUGCUUCAGCUCAUGGCAAGGACCAUUGUUACUGCUUUAUUAAGUGGGAAAGCAUAUGGUUUUCUUGUCAGAACACUUGACAAGCAUCGUAAUGUUUCAAAACCAAUAAUAAAUUGAAAAGUUAGACCGAAUGUCAGCAAGUGAUUAUCAUCUUAAUUGAGGCAGGGAUUGCAGAACUUGUGUUUAGAGAUGAAGUUUAUAAUGUGGCUGCAAGAAUCAAAUGAUGAUGAAGGCAUUCAGCAUAAUGAGUACCUUUUGUGGGUUUAACUUCCUUUUGUGGAGUAAACCUCCUGGGGAGAAGUAUUCUCACAUUAGUGAUAUUUUAUGGCCACUUAAUGCAGCCAGAUGGAAAAAUAUUCUUCAAGAAUAAAAAUACCUGCAAUUUUCCCUACCUUGUCUCCAUUGUAGUGCAGAAUCUCAGCCUUCCAUUUUAAUCUCUCUUUCUGAACCUAUGCUUUUGUUAAUAAAUAAAAGUACCAAGCAAGACCACAGAUAUAGGUUCCCACUGUCUCUUCAUUGUAUUUACUGCAAUGACAGGAGAGUCUGUUACAGGACAGCAGUAGGGAGGAAAGUGAGGCAGAAUUCCCAUUGUGUCUGAGCAUACUUUCACUGCAUUGGAUGCCAUCUAUUUUAUAUAUUUAACUCAAGUGCUUACCAUUUUUGGCUGGUCAUGCUAGCAAAGCCAAAAUUUGCAUUUUCCAUAUUCCUUUGCUUUCCCUGCUGGCUUUAUGUCAGUUCCCAAUAGUAGCCAAGGGUGUACAUAUCCUGAUAUAUGUAUGUUAUCUCAUAGGCAUGGAACCUCAGUAACAUUUUAGGUGAAUAUUUAACAUGGUGCAUAUCAUUAUAGUUGUUUCUGUUCCAGCUUAUGGUACUUCUUGCUUUAUGUAUACGUACACUGUUUCACAACUCAAUCUUGCACUAAAAUAUAGAAACAUUUUAAAUGAAGUAAGUACACCGGAUAUACAAAAAUGGCCAGAAGCACUUAGUAAGGUGAGAAUGACCACUGCAUUUUUAAAAGGUUCAUAUAGCAAUACCAGUGAAACGUCACAGUUGGAAUCUUUGGCAUUAUUUGUUUUCUCACAGUUCAGAACCCCAUAUAGUAUCUCUAUAAAGGCCAUUGCAAAACCCACAAAAUAACAUUUCUUAGCAAAUUGUGUAUAGCUUGAAGACUAAGACCUUGUACUGAUCUUUAGCAUUCUCUCUUCAAAAUUAUGAUCUGAUGUCUUUCAGGGCUGUGGAGUCGCAGGCUGAAGGGCAAUGUUCUCCCCCAGAUUCUCUUUGGAGGCGAUACAGUGAAUUUGAAUUGUUGAGGAAUUAUUUGCUAGUUAACUACCCACAUGUUAUUGUGCCACCUUUGCCAGAAAAAAGGGUAAGAAAAUGUUGCAACUUCAUCUCAUUCUGUUUUUCCAUCUUUCUUGACGCAAUAUCCACACUAGCAUUCAUCCAGUAUUGUACUAAGCUGGUUUUUUUUUAAAGCAGCCUUUUGGGGUUGCCAGUGUGGAGUCCAUGGGAACAAUGAUACCCUUGUAAAUUUUCCCUGGCAAAACCUCUGUGCCUCCCCACCACCAUAUAUAGACAUGCUUUCUGCCCCCUUUUGUCAUGUGGUGUGGAUGGGUACUGUGUUUUAUUCUAAAAGUACAUAUGGCUAAAUGAAGAAGUUGGAAGAGCAACACUAUUUCCCACUUCCUUUUUCAGCUUUAUGUGCUUUUUAAUGCUUAGACCAGGAAUUGAACACAAAGCUUGGUAAUCUGUGGGAGUUAGGAGGGAAAGGGGAGCAGUAUGGGAAGCAGGUGAGAAAAAUGGAGAAACCAGGGGUAGCAACCAGGGGUGCCACAGGAAUCAAAGGGGGGGGGACACAUGUACAUACAUUGGAUCUAGUAAAACUGAUCCUCUUGUAUUAUUAUUUUUUACAAGUUUCUCAUCAGACCACCAUUAUAUCACACAUGAUUUCUGUUUCCAUUGACCAAGCUGUAAAAAAACAUGGAUCCAGUGCUUUUCAGUGCUGCUGUGGUGCAAAAAUGCAGAUCCACAGCACAGAUCCUCAGUUUUACUAGGAAUUCUCUCAAAAUCACCAUCAACUCAUAGGUCAGAUAUAUGACUGUAGAUGUAUUCUGUGAUUUGAUGGUGGCUUUGUUGUCAUCUAAUGUAAAAUAAUGAUAAUAAUGAUCACUCAUGCCUUGCAUCAUUAUUGUUUUAUUACUGACACCUAUUUUUAUUUUGCUGUCUACCAACAUAAACCUUAAUUUGGUGGUUUUUGGGUGGACUCCAUGUAAGAUCACGCAGUACUACUAGAUCCAGCUUUUACCCAAACCACAUGGGGGAAAAACAAGUGUUGUGUGUGUGCUUUCUCUCUUUCUGGGGCAUAUAUAUGAAUGUAAGAGAGACCUGGGUUAGUAGGGAGAGAAGCAGCCAGAAGAUGUGGUUCUCAAAGCACACACUCAACAUUCCAAAUAUACCCAGGAUCCCCAAAAAGCUGGUGACCUCAGAAGGUUGUGAAGAUAUGUUUACACAAGUAUGGGCAGUGCCUAGUGAAAUUUCAAGACGGAGGAACUGAACUGUAGCAGCAUUUUCAGUCACCAGAGCAUAAGGUUUCUGUGCCUUUGCCCCAGAAUAAAUUAUGUAAAGCAAACAUAGCUGCUUAUAUACUUAAUUCACAUAAUUUGUAGAAAUGGAAAACAUGUAAGUGUGAAGUAUACACAAUCAUGCUCUUAACACAUCCCCUUGUUUCACAGGCAGAGUUUGUUUGGCAUAAGCUAGCAGCAGAUAACAUGGAUCCAGAUUUUGUGGAAAGAAGAAGAAUUGGCUUGGAAAACUUCCUUUUGCGGGUGGCUUCACAUCCCAUUCUUUGUCAGGAGAAGAUUUUUAAUGCAUUUUUAACCAAGGUACCUUAAUUCUGUCUGCAGGAUUUUUAAAAAAACUUUCCCACCUUAAUUCUAAUUCAUGAUAAAUGCAUCAGAUUAUGUAAGAAUUGUGGGGCUGUAACUCAAUGACAGAGUGCAUGCUUUGCUUGCAAAAGGUUCUAGAUUCAAUUAGUGGCUUCUCUUUGAGUAGGAAACACCUGUGUGAAGUUCUGGAAAUCUGUUGCCAGUUAGUGUAGAGUCUACACUGACUAGAACAGAUAUUUGGGACUUCAUGCAGGACUCUUUCUCAGCCCUGCACUGUUGGCAAUACUGAGUUAAGUGGACCAGUGGUCUAAUACAGUACAAGGCAAAUAUCUGCAUUGCUCUGUCUGAGAUCCAACAACUAUAGACAUCGAAUAGAAGCCUGUUUUUUGUUUAAAGCAUGUAAUAUUACUUCUACUCAUGUUCAUGUUGUUUACUGGUUUAUUUUCCAGUCCACUUUUAGGGGAUAGAUGUUUUAUUCCCCUAGUUGCUUGGAUUUGAUCCUUCAGUUUAAUUGAAAAAUAAACAUUAGUGUAAUGCACUUCAACUCAUAAACUGAUUACUGGAUACGGUUAAUGAAAUCUGUCAGGCCUUGUUCACCUGCUGUUGGCCUCUGUUGCCUCUCUUCUGUUGUGCUGGAAAUGGCUUCUUCUGACCAUCAAGCAGAUAUCUCCUUUAGCAGCAGUACGUAAGUGAUACUACAUGGACAUACUGGAGUGCUGCUUCUGAAAGUUUCCUGGACUUUUUGGAAAGGAGAUAACUUUGUUUCAUUUCACCUUUGAUUUGUAUACCCUCUUUCUAUACUGCUCUACACAAAGCGGUUUACAAGCUGAAGAAAAUAUGCAACAAAGAUCUUAUAACAAAAAAGUCAUAAUGAAAACAUAAAUUUAAAAUAAACAACGUAUAUCAAAUAAAGUAAUAUUCAGUAAUCCAUUAGAAUGCAAUAGAAAACAAUAAAAUUAAAUAUCAGCAAAUAAAAAACAGAAAUUCACUAACAAUUAUAAUAAAUAAUUACUAAACUAUAGUCAAUUUAAAAACAGCAAGUCACGCUGCAUAAAAUGCCACAGUACAUACAAAGCCAUGUAAAAAGGAUCAAAUUGAAAACAAAGACACAUAACUUAUAAAAUUGUUGGGGUUUUUUGUUUUGUUUUUUAAAAAUACCUUAAGUCCUCGUUUCUCUUCCCAGCUGCUUCUCCUGUUCUUAAAGUCAUAGUCUGAAAACGUCUCCUAGGGUUGGAGGGUGGGACAAGUCAGGUGGGAAAAGCCAUUGCUUGAUGCCCAGCAGUGUAUUGGGCAGGAUAAUGUAACAAGAAAAAUCUACUGUAGGCUUUUGAUAGUUGAAUUUGAGUAAUGGAAGCGCCCCAUUUUCAUCUUGUUCUGUAGUAUAUCAAAUCCAUAUAAAUAGCUGUCCAGUCCUGCCUGUUGAAAGAUUUUCAGGAUUGUUUAUUGCAUUUGCCCUGUAGGCAAAGCUGAAGUGUCUCGAUGUCAUAACUGAAAAAGGAGGGCUGCUAGCCUGCUCUGUUAUUUUUCUGGUGACUGGUCUUUUCUAGCUGUUGGGAAAAGGGUGAAGUGGGAAAGAUUAACAGCCACAGAAGUAACUGGAUAGAGCAAUAGUUUUCUGUACACUACUGUGAUAUUUUUGGAAUGUGAGCAGUUGAUAAAUCUUUUAAAAUAAAAAUAUCAGAACUGGCCAUUAACUCUUCUCUUUCUGAGUGUGACUCGUUUUUUGCAUGGAGCCACCAGAGAGCCUUCAGAUUUCUGAACAGGCAUUGCUAGAAUGUGUUUUAUGAGAAUAAUGAAGGAAGUAAUACAUAUCCUGGCUCUUAUACCAGACUGGUAAAUACCCAUUUGCCUACUCAUAUGAAGAGGGUAGAAAUUGAUUCCAGGUGACAGGUAGGAAAUCAUUGUAAAUUGGAGCAGAGGUGGGUUUUUUAAACAAUUGGUAAGCAUGAGCAGAUGGGAUAAUGAAAAGUUCUGUGGGCUGGUAGCUCUUGUGGAUUUAUUUGCAAGCCUGUCUUAUAUAUGCAGAUGCCUAUUUAUUUAUAUAAACAUUUCUAUCCCGUCGUCCUAGUGCCCACUCAGGGCAACUUACUGUAGCUUAAAAACACAAUACAGUAAAAUGCUAGCACUUUUUUGUGUUGGACCAGUGGUGUUACAAAGGCAGCACUCACACAUUUAUAAUGCAUUGAAAAAUUAAAUUGAAAUUAAAGUUGAAAUGAAAUUUCCUUUUCUAGGAAGGUGGAUGGAAGGAAACGGUGAAUGAAACAGGAUUUCAGCUAAAGGUAAUUAUCUCCUUUUUAUUAUAAUAUGUGACAUUCUGUCAAAGGGUAAGCCUAAUUUGCAGAUUCAUAAUUUAAUGUGAGGGGAGCAAUAUUCAAAAUUAAUUUUUGGUAACUGAAAGUUUUGGCAUAAUAUUGUAAAGAGAUUUGAAGACUAGGAUUGUAGAGUUGGAAGGGACCACAAGGGUCAUUUAGUCCAGCCACCUGCAAUGCAGGAAUUUUUCACCUAACGUGGGGCUCAAGGCCACAACCCUGAGAUUAAUAGUCUCAACUGAGCUUUCCCAUUUCUGUUCAUAGAGGUUUUGUGACGUAAUAGCUAGGCCUCUAUACUCAAAUGUAACUUGAAAUAUUGUUGCAAUAACUGCUUCUAGUACAUUUUUAAUCACAAGUGAUACCAUAUUUUAUUCUGGUGAUAAUCUUCUGAAAUGUGUGUUUUAAAUUUAUUUAAGUGAAUAAAAUUAGUGUCUUGUGUGUUCUUCAUUAGGCAGAUUCUAGGUUAAAAGCCCUUAAUGCAACAUUCAGAGUGAAAAACCCAGACAGGUAAGUGUGUUGUGUGUGUUUUUAGUUUGUGUUGCAAUUGGGAGUUACAGUUAAUGUGUAAAUAUUUUUUAUUUGCUUACAAGGCCGCCUCCUUGUUGAUAUACACUCUGAUUUGGUUUGGUUUGGUUUAUUACAUUUCUGUGCCGUUUUUCAUUCAGAUGAAUCCCAAAGUGGCUUACAAACAAUAAGUAACAAUAAUAUGAUAGAACAUAAUAGAACAUCAUAAGUACAGGAUAAAUCAUACGGAAUAAUUAAAAAUAGCAAUAGUAUAGUAAUAGUAUAGUAGUCUAUAACAAAGCAACAACUAGAACAAGCCAAUCAUCACAAUUAAAGCAAAAGGCAUAUGAUUAACAAAUCAAUAUGGCAUUUAUAAUCUAUAAAAAAAUAUUAACAACAUUAACAAAAUAGCAAGCAAAAGAUGAACUAAGCACUGUUAAGUUCAUACACACACACUCCCCACCCCCAUGACUGGAGGGUAGGGCAAGGCAGGUGGAAAAAGCCAUUACCAAGUGGCCAAUGCAGAGUCUCUCACCACUCACAGCUGUUCCUUGGGCUGGAGAUGUCUCUCUCCCUUCACUCUUGGUUUAUUGACCCUAUCUCCAAAGAGCACCCAAUGUAAAUUUGAAAGGUGAUCCUCAUUCCCUUUCCCAAAUCCCUUGGGCUUCUUCUCUGCCCUCUCCCAACUCUUUAAAAGAGUGUUGUUGUUCUUUUUGUUUAUAUACAGAAAAUGCUCCUGCAUCGCAGUAAUAAUUUCCUACACAUGCAUCUCUCCCUUUCCUCCCUUGACAUAUGUCCACCCAAUGAUAACUGUAAGCAGAUAGGCUUUCUAAAUGUCAUAGUAUGUCAUUGAGAUGAUCACAGUAUAUCUACUAAUAAAUCCUUAUGCUUUCCCAAAGUAAAGGGGAAAACCCAGGGGUGAAAGGAAUAAUGUGGUAAUGAUGCAGCUGGAAGCCCAACUUUUGCUUUAUUGUGAAUAGAGUAUAGAGCAUGCAAAAAUAUGUAAGUGCAAGUGGUGUGCUGAUCAUUGGCCAUACUGUUUGGGGCUGACGGAGAGCUAGAGUCACAGCAGCAUUUGGAGGGCCACAGGUUCCCCACCCUUGUCCUAUCCCUACUGGGAGUAAGCCCAAUUCAAUUCCAUUGGACUUCUGAGUAUACAUGUAUAGGGUGGUGCUGUAAAGCUCUUACAAAUUUGAUAUUUUUUCAUGGGUGAUUUUGGGAGCCCCUCAUUUAUGCUGCAACUCAGUAUUCAAAUGACUUCAUGACUAGUUAAAAUGAUCUCUCACAAAUACAACCAACAAAUACAAAACAUAACUUUCCCUUCUGCUUUAUGGUUUGGUGACUGGCUAUGGUUCUAUUUCUUUCCAUGUCUUUUGCAGAGGAAGUAGACUUUGAGGAGAAGGGCUUGGGAAUUUUGACUGGUAAAAAGAUGAAAUGUUGUUGUAACUAAAAUAUUUUCAGCUAGAGUCUUUUCGAUUUAAUAAUUUGAAACUGAUUUCUAACGAGCAUUUCAAAAUAUUAGCUGUUGCUGUUGUUCUUGAACUAAGCACAGAGCUCUUUCUGUCCUAAGCAAUGACUAAGAGGGAUGAUGAAAAUGUUGUGGCCUGCUGAUGGAAAGUAAAGAAUAUCUCAGUGAUGCAUUAAUUAAACUCUUUUCUUGUAUCAUAAUCCCUCUCUUUCCCUCACAGUCACUCACAGUUUAAAACAAAAUUUGCCAAGCUCAAAGCGUUUAGUUAGUUUCCUAUACAACUCCAGCAGCUACUUUCCAAAAAGCAAAUGCAGAACACGGCAACAUAUUGCAUGAUGAAAUUAGUGUCUCUGCUUGUGUUGGCUGAACCAUGUGCUGAUAAAGGCAGUGCUCUCUAAUUCCCUUCAAUUCCCUAGACCACUUUUACAUUUAUUUCAGCCAUGCUUGCUUACUCUUUUUCAGUCCUCUUUGUCCCCUGUUGCUAUAAGAAUGGGAAAUUGGACUGUAGUUAGUCCUUUCCCUUAUAUUUCAAAUGCUGGCAAAAACCCAAAAUCAACAAACUCCAACUGAGGGGAGAAUUCUCUCAUUUUUCUGAUAUAUUAAUCUUGCACGUGGUUAACAGUAAUGGUAGCUAUUUUCAGGCAAUGAGAAUCAUUUGUUUAGUGUGGAGACAGAUGUGGAAUUGUUUUAGAACAGUAGGGCUAGCUAUACAGUAUUUUCACUGAGUUCCGUACAAACAUACAGUGUUCUUUCAUGGGCAUGUAGCUGAAAGCUGGUACUAGAUAGCACCUGUGACAUCAACCACACACUCCUUCCUCCCCCAUCCCAUACCCAAAAGUCACAAAGUCUAUGCCUUUGCUAAAGUUCGGGCCUUGUCAUGUUCCUGAUGAUGGGGACUACCUCUCAUCCUUUAUUUUUGGCAACUUUUCCCAUAGCAGUGUGGCCUCCGGCUUUAGAUUGGAACAGGGAGUUGCUGGUCUGUGUUGGAUGUGCCCCGAGACUUCUGCACUUAACCCUCUGUGUCUCUUCUUCUCCCCUCUCCUGCUGCAGUUGGCUUUGAAAAAAGUUUUCUGUUGAAUACUUUUUUCAAGCCUAAUUGCAGUGUAGGUUGGGUAGAAUCUUGACAGGUUGUGCAGCUGAAGAAAGCACUGCUGUGAUAGAUAACAUUUCCUGUGGUUCCUGAAACCUUUGGAUUCUGUUGGAGCGUGCUGUGGCAGUAUUUACAGAUGCACUGUAAGCCCUUCCUUGCCAUAGCUGAGUAAGUUGAGGGAAGGGAUGAAAUCAGUAGUAGCAAGAGUCAAAACAAGCCCAUGUCGAACUGAGUCUAAAUUUUGAAGGACUCUGCACUCAUGAAUGUGUGCUAGCAAAAAUAAAUUUUGAGACUUCUUUUUUGAGAGUUCCAGCAACACUACUUCUGACUGCUCUUAAAUUCUUACAUCUGCCUGCACCCUUAAAAUACUCAUUUUGCUGAGACGCAGUUGCACUUUGAAAACAGCUAACUUGCCCAAGCUAACUAUCUUUCAGCAAUUUUUAUUAACUGUGUUUGCUCCAAGAAGCAUUCCACAGUCAGCACUACUUGGGGAAGAGUCUGAUCCCCCCCCCUUUCUUAAUGUGGUCAUUAUCUACAGAACCAUACCAAAAGCACUUCUGAAAAAGGGUUUAAGAAGGGCCAAUUUUUUUCUGUUGAUAGCUGAUUUUUAUGUUUCUGUAUUUUUUAACUGAAUUCACCAUGUUGUGAAUGUGUAGCCCUUGCUUUGCACUGGUAGCUUAAGUCAGUGUAUUGUUUUCCAUCUGUCUCAAACUGCUGAGGUUUGUGCUUGAAAUGUAAUAUUGCGCCUAAAUGAGGGUACUACAUUUCAUUCCAGCAUCUCUUUGUCCAAAUAAAUUGUUUUACAAGCUGACCAAAUGGAAUACUGAACAGGCUAGUAGUUAAACCCAAGGCCUCGUUUUGCUCUUCCUUGCAUUAAUAAAAGUUCUGCCAAAUCCUUACUUUAGCUGAUGGCUGCUACUUCAGGAAGCUAGAGAUAAUUCUACUUAAACAAGUCAAUCUUUUCCUUAAACUGUUCCAUUCUGAAGCUGUCAUACAGUUUAUGGCAGUUUGUGUUCCUGAUUGCUAAUGAUCUGCUAUCUGUUUUUGCAUUCCCAGGAGAUUUACAGAACUUAAACACUACAGUGAUGAGCUGCAGUCUGUCAUAUCACACCUUCUGAGAGUCAGAGCUGUAAGUGUUUCCUCCUUGGAUUCUAAUGGAGAGUAACAUUUAUCAACAUUGGUUAAAGUACAAUAAAAGAAUCCAUCUAUCCCUUGUUGAUGUGCAGCUGAUUUGAUUGUAGUGCUGGGUUUUGGAAGUGGCCAUUUAUUUUUCUAAAAAAUGUGCCUUUGUUUUGUGUCCCAGAAUUCAAGAAAUAGCAAGAGGUUGGAAGAACAAACACAUUUUUAAGUGUGGUUCUCUGAUGUGAGGGGUAAAAAAAACCAGGAACAAUUUCACAAAUUAAAAAAAUGGUGCUCAAAAAUAGGACGCCCCUUGGGAGGUGUGGCUAGUCAAAUACUUCUUUUUGUGUUUCCCAGUUAGAUUAUUAUGGGUCCCACCCCAGCACCCCACAUAUCCAUUGUACUGUGUAUAGUGGUCAACCUCUUAGAUUUGCUUUGAUCCCUCCCAUAAGAACAUCAGACUGUGCUGUGAGCGCAUGUGCCCAUUUUUCUUCUUUAGCUUGUUGUGGGGCUGGGGAGAAGAUUUAUUUCAGAAUAAACCUCUGCCUUGUGUUUGGGGGUGAUGUAAGGAAUUGUUUGGUCCCAUAAGAAUAUCCAUUGGUUUAAGUGUAGGGUCUGAUAUCAUGGGUCUGAAAAAUUAAAUAUACAAUUGCUGACCUACUUAAGGCAGUAACUAAUAAAGCAAUUCUGUUAGCACAAGGACUUCUGGUUGUGCAACAGAACUUCCCCUCCUAUCCCGAUUGCCCCUUAAUCUGUUUUCAGGUUUCCCUCAACCCUCCAGAGCAAAUUUGGGAAGGGUGCUAACAGUACUACUUGGUUGUAUUCUGCCCAUAGUCUCCAUGUUGUCUGUUUCUGUCUUAGGCUGUUUAUUAGGGACUAGUAAGGAGCUGAUAUAAUUCUGUUAUUCCAGAAAGCUCAGUUUGUCUUGAAAGUGAGCCAGACUUCAGUGCUGGGCAUAUUGUCAAAAAUUACAAUUAAGGCUGGCAAAAAACUCACACCUGAUACAUUACAGAAGAGUCAGCAACUAUUUUGCAAAUGCCAUCAUAUCCCGUCCUGAUAUCCUUACAUUUGGAGGCCGUUGACCAUUUGGAUAACAUUGUAAUUCAUUUUUUAAAAAAAAUUGACAAGAUUUUCUAUUAAUGGUGUCUUAAACCAAACAAAGCAGGCAUGAUGUAAAAGAAUAUAGUUUGGUGGAUCAUGAUGGGAUUGGAACAAUGAAGAGAAAGCAAUUCAAAUAAGCAUUUUCUUGUUUGGGUAGAGACCAACAAGAGAAGAGAAAAUAAAAUUCUUGCCCCCUGGUAUUUUAUUAAUGUAAUUCAGGCUAGCAUUCCAGAAGUAAAAAGUGGAAUAGAGUUUUGUUAAUGUGGAUAUCUUAUAUGGCACACUUUUCCUAGAACACUUCAAUUAAAUAAUGUCUGGAAAAACUGACCACUGCUUGCUUGCUUUAGAGAGUGGCAGAUCGGCUGUAUGGUGUGUACAAAGUCCAUGGGAAUUAUGGAAGAGUUUUCAGGUAAGAUAUGAAAGCAAUUUACCCCUUGAUUGAGUGAGAUUUUAUUCCCACAUCUCCAUUUCAUAUUGGACAAAAUCAGCUAUAAAAAACAAAACUAUAAAACAACUUUUUAAAACAGGAAAGCAGUAGAUAAACAGUCAAGAGGUGGUGAGGGGAGACAGACAGUGAAGUUUUUAGCUGGUAUCAGAAUAAAAGUUGGGGCGGGGAAAUGGAGCUCCUGUCGUUGGGAGAUUCACAUCCUAAGCAUCUUCACACCACAGAAGGCUCCUUUCUCACAUGAAACCUGUUGGAGGGAAGGGACUAGUGGGUGCUUCGCUUCCAGGGCUAAUAGAAGCUUGGCCAAAGGUGGAGUGGGGGCGUUGUUCAUGCUGUGGUCUCAGUCCUGAUCAGGUUUUCUCCCUGUGACUGUUAACACCACUUAAACAGCUUGUAAUAUAACAUCAAUGUGUUUAGUAUCGCAUGCAAUUUAGUCUUUAAAAACUCUGUGUUUUGCUCUUGUCAGUAAAUGUUGCCGAAAAGCAUCUCUAACACCUUUUUAAUCGAGUUCAACAAAAUACGUUGCUACUUCCAAUCCAAGGGUACAAACUACAGACUGGGCUAGAGCUGAAGUCUCAGGAAUCAAAAGAAAAAGUUUCAUGACUGCAGAAGGCUAAGAACCACUGCUACUUGAGUGUCUUUUGUUGCCUCCCAGCUAUCAAGAAAAGGGAAGCAAGAGGUAGCUUAUUAGCAGAUCCCCUUUGCAGUACUUUGCCUGUACCUUAUUCUGUGCAAAGCCUGGGAGAAAGUCCAGCCACACUGUGACAUCAUGAAACGUGACUAGAGAGCAUGAACCUUUUGAUCACAUUGCAUGUGACUUAAAUGACAGGUGACUUUUUAGUGCCGUAAGAAACCAACCACCAUCAUGAUAAUUUCCAAGAUGAUCUAUAUUUAGUUGUUUCAAGAGCUGACUGAAGCAAUAAGCUUUUGUGAUUUGUAUGCCUGAUUGUGAACUUAACUUGGCCAUCUUACUGGAAAAUUAAAGAAUCUGAUUCUCCUUUUUGUGUUCUGCAGCUGGCACAUUUAAUCCACUAGGCUAAUUGAUUGCAGAUGUGCAUCUCUGAUUUUAGAACUCUAAACUGUAUCAGUAGUACUCCUGUAAUUAUGCUAGAUAGAACACAAGAUGAACUGCACGUUAGUUUUUGGAGUGCUUGGUUUCUUUGCAAGAUUUCUGUAGGUUUUCAGUAAUCUUACUAAAAAUGUUAUUGAGAUUUUAGCAUAAAACAACAUACCAAAAUAAUAUAAGACGUUAAGAAAAUAUUACUGAAACUCAUGGACAGUAGACACAAUGUUGCCAAAAAAUAACAGACUAUAUUUGGUGAAGGGUUGAUUUAGUAGAGCUGAAAGGCAAGUGCCAUCUUUGUUUUAAAAUCCUGCUAUGGAUCUGCUGAUAACAAAUAGACACAAUCAAACUCCAUCAAAGUAUGUUUCAGGCUAUGGAUGAGAAAAUAUUUCUUUUUAAAAUUAAAGCUUUAUUCAGUAGGAAAUUUAGUAAUAAUAUAAAGGUGAGAAAGAGUGCUUCUCCCCCAACUUUUGGGAAGUCAUUUGUUUUUAAGUGUAGUAAAAUGACGUGGUGAUGCUUUCCAGUUUUAAAUGUUCAAACAAGCUUCUUUUGGGGGCCUUAAACUGUUGGGAGUUCUUAAAAGUCAUAUUUUACAUGUGGUGUUUAAGAUAGGAUAGCAUAUCUUAUAACAGACUUUCAAAUUUUGCAUUCAGAACUACUGCUUGCUCGGAGGAAGUACAGCAGUUUAGCCAAGUAUAACUUGGAGGUUUCUCCACAUAGAUACCACCUGGGGAGAGACUACAUACAGGAUGCAGCUUAUUAACUUUCUCACCCUUCAUGUGUUAUGUUGUUUCUUAUUUAAAGGUUUUUUUUCCUUUUCUUUUUUGUCUCUAGUGAAUGGAGUGCAAUAGAGAAGGAGAUGGGGGAUGGGCUGCAGAGUGCUGGCCAUCACAUGGAUGUGUAAGUAUUGACUAUCUGAGAGUUGAUGGAAUCCAGAUGGACACAUUAAGAAGGGGUGCAUGUGUAGGAAAAUGUAGUUUUGAGAAGAUGGUGUGUUUUGAAAAAUAGCACUGUAGGCUGUUCAGUAUUUCAUUGGCUUUAGCUUUGGACUGCUUCAGAAUCUGUUGCAUUAAGUAGCCCAAGGAAUCCCUGGUGACUUAAAAAGGAUUUCUUUUUAUUAUUAUUUUGAAACUAUAGAAGAAGUUGGAAACGCUUCCAGAGUUUCCUUUAAGCUACUAUGCCAGAAACUGGUAGAAUGAAACCUGAUGUUCUCCAUUUGUUUGACAGCAGUAGCUGUUCCAUAGAUACUAUAUAACUUUAUGGGUUUGUUUUUUUAAAAGUCAUAUCUAUUUAUUGCCUGAAUUUUUAAAUGGGUUCUGUAGGAUAUUUAAAAUCUGAGGAAUUUUCAGUUAUCCUAAUAUGUUGCAGUUUAAAGCCCUACUUGACUCAGGCCCCAGGUAUCUGAAAGACUGCCUCUUUCCCUACAGAUUUGGGUGAUGAGAUUGGCAGAGGGUGCCCUCUUGGUAGUUCCUCCAUCCUCAGUGGCUGGAGACCUGUGAGAGAGCAUUCUUUGUGGUAGCCCCUGAGCUGUGGAACUCCCUCCCAACAGUGGUGUGUCUGGCACCUUCACUGUACAUCUUCCAAUGAAUGUUCUUUACCUUGACCGUUGAUAUCUGACGUGUAUAUUGUCAUAAAUUAUACAUCUAUUUUUAGGACCCACCUUUUUGUGAUUGAAAGUUGUUUUUAACUGUUUAAAUAUUGUGUUUCAAUGGUGUAACUCACCUGGGAUCUUAUGGUGGACUUAGGGAUCAUAAUGUAAAAUCAUCAUCAUCAUCAUCAUGAACAACAACAUCAUUUAGGCAGAGCUAUCAACGUGUUUAUUUUGCAUUGAUCAGUACGGGAAGGUAAAACUUGAAGCUUAUUCUCUCUCAUUAUGAAGCCAGUGGGACUUAAAAUGGUGUAACUCUGCUUAAGCAGACAGCAGGGGCUUUGACCAUAAUGGUGAUGGAAGGGGUUGGGGGCUGCGAGCUGCUUUUCUCUCUGGCUGUCUUUGCAUCUGUAAUGCCUGGAGUGACAGUUGAGGCUCUCAGGAAGCCAGAGCCUGCUUAUCAAAGUUAGCUGAUCCUCCAUCUCAAGGAUUAUAGUUUCAAGAAGCAUUCUUUUAAGCAUUCUUUUAAGUGUCUUCAACAUUUUGCAUCCUGGAAAGCACUGGAGAAGCUUUUUCAAAUUGGCAGAACACCACCCCCUUUCUGGCUGUACUGCAACAUUUCUUAAAGUUAUUUGGUAUAAUAGUAUUUGAUCAGUAGGUGAGCACCAAAAUUCUUCUGCUUUAUUGGCUACCUAACAUAAUGUAAUAGUUGUCUUGUAAAAUUCAGUUCGUAUCUUUUAUUUCAUAUUUUUAGUUGCCUGUUUGACUAAAGAGUGACAGUCAACUACUCUAACCUAUUUUAUUGGGUUUCCCUCCCUUGCAAUAAAACUGCUUUCUUUUUAGCAGGAAAUAUGUUACUAAUAUAAGAUUUAUCAAUUUAUCGUAGCAAUGGCUUGGAAGGCUUUUAAGGAGCAUUUCUCACAAGUUCCUUUUCAAUAUAUUUUGUUGUUGUGAGAAAUAUGUCUCUUGACUAGUACAUAAUUAUUUUACAACACUGAUGAAGUUUCAGGGGCUCUUUUAUCUGUUAUGCUCUCUUUUGGUAGGUAUGCAGCUUCAAUUGAUGAUAUACUAGAAGAGGAAGAACAUUAUGCAGACCAGCUGAAAGAAUAUCUCUUCUAUGCAGAAGCUCUUCGGUAAGCAUAUUAGCAUAAUUUCUAUGAUGAUUCUAGUUAUGUUUAAAGCAUUGCAGUUGAGCACAUUUGUAAACAGUUUACAAACGUAAAAGAUUAUUGUGCAGGAAAUUCUGGAACAAGUUGCUUUCUCAGCCUUUUCUCCAGAUCUGUUUGUGAUAGGGAAAUAAUGGGGCUCACAUAAAAGUGGUUGUAUGGGAUGUGACAGAGGUGCAUAUGGCUGUAAAAGUGAGUUGAAAGCAACAUUGAGAGAACAGUUCUCCCUAGCAUGUAAAUUGGAUCAGUAAUGCAUUAAUAAUGAUGAUGGGAUUAUUAAAAUUCAGGCUAGAUGUUGGUUAGGAUGUGUAUUAAAAAUCUGAUUUAAACAGUUGCACAUGAAUCUCUUUUAUUGAAUUAUUUUUAGAGCUGUUUGCAGGAAGCAUGAACUUCUUCAGUAUGAAUUGGAAAUGGCUGCUCAGGAUCUGACAUCGAAGAAGCAGCAAUGUGAGGAAUUGGCGACGGGAGUAAGCCUGGUUUCAUUUUUUUUCCACUUUCCUUUCCAAAAUCUAGAAUUGGAGAAAGCCAGGUUCUUACACUAAAUGGCAUUAAUGUAUUGCUUGCUGACAGGAGACUUGUGAAGGGUCUUACUCAAGUUGUAGAUCUUAGUAAUUUAUUUCACAGCGAUUUAUGCUGUUCAUGCAAAACUUCUGUGUGGAAAAUGUAUGUGUUGACCACAAGGGUGUGUUACAUGCUGCUCGAUAAAGUGCAGUUUUUGAACUUAGAGGGAGGCAGGAGAGAGAGGGAGAAACUUUUUACUUUCAGACAUUUUAAAAUAUUAUCGAACAACUUCCCUUGUUCAGUGGACUGGGAGGCACCCAGUGAAUUUGGAUAAACAGGAGUGUUCUGUGUACUUGGUGGUAUUGACAUCGCCAUAGUUUAUCUCAUUAGCAAGAUUUUGAGAAUGCACAGUACUGCAUUCAGAAUACUAUUAUGGAUAGCUCUAUUUGUCUAACAGCAUAUAUGUUUGUGGUGAUUGUGAGAAUGGAGUUGAUCAUUUGAGUAAGUCAAAGGGGCAUGAAGCUGUUUGUUUGGAAUUUAAUCACAUUUUAAAAAAACUGUUAUGGAAGGGAUGCGUGUCGGGGAGGAAUAGAAAGGAAGAUAUAAGCCAUGGGAAAUAUUACAUUUAUUGUAAAUCAUAAGUAUGUAUGAUAUAAUCUCCUUUUAAUUACUAGUUUUUAUCCCUUACCUGUUUUAAGUCUUAUGUAUUCAGUUUAUCCAUAUGUUUUAUCAUAUGCUGGUCUGUGACCAAAAUAAAGUUUGAUACUGGUACUCCAUGACCCUACCAGGAAUAGAGCAGUGUGUAAAAAAAUAAAACACUAAGACUGAAAUCUUGCAUAUGGUUACUUAAAUCUUUCUGAAACAAAUGGAGUAGCUUAACUCCCUUUUAACCUAAACAUUCAGCUAUAAACAUGGACUACUGAAAGAGGAGUACUUAUAAUCAAAAUUCAGUAAUAGUUUUUUUAGAGUUGGAGCCACUGUUUCAUUGGUUCAUUUCACAGAAUCCUCUGAACCAUUAUUUGGAGGACUGGGGACUUGCUCUAUGCUUCUCUUUCUUUCCCUGUUUCUCAUCUUUAUUUCUGCUUAACGUUAGUUUGCCAAGCUAGCCUAAUUCGUCCAACUAUAGUUGCUCAGAAAUGGAGCAGGCAGUUGGCUCCAGGGAUGGGAAUGUGUAAGCCGGAAGUAUAUUCUUGGUCUGAGUUGUACCAUGCUGCAUUAAGUAAAGAUAAAUAGUUAAAAAUAAAUAAAUCUUGAUUUAGGUUUAACAGUCUGUCUCUUUUAGACAGUGUGAGAUCCAACAUGGUGUCAUUGUUACGAGUGUCUGACUUGAAUGAGGGAGGUUCUAAUUCCCCCUUGGCUGUGAAGAGCACUAGGUGUCCUUGGGGGCAGUCAGCCUAAACUGCUUCACAGGGUGGCUGUGAGGAAAUCAGGGUUUGGAAGAACCAAAUUUGUCACUGAGCUCUUUGAAAGACAGCUGGGAUAAAAAUAGAAUACAUUUUAUACGCAGCUUAAUAUUUUGAAAUUAUGUGUGCCAUAUAAGCUUUCCUUAUCCAUGUAUUUGGACACCUUCCCCUCCAGAAAAGCAAAUUUCCUAGAAUACAUGUUUACUGUUUUCAGACUGUAAGAACAUUCUCCUUGAAGGGAAUGACCAGCAAGCUGUUUGGCCAGGAAACCCCAGAACAAAGAGAAGCAAAGAUAAAAGUGCUCGAAGAACAGAUACGUGAUGGAGAGGAGCAGCUCAAAGCAAAGAAUUUAGAAAGCCGGUAACUGUUGAUUAUGUUUAAAGAAAAUGUAGAUGUGAAAAUCAUAUUUGUGCAAGCUGACAGUAUGCUGCAAGCAUCUGACUAUCUUUGGAAACUUUGGUUAUCUGUUAAAUGCUAAAUACGAGGGAAGCAGCUAUCUGGGAUCUGUCACACAACUUUUAUAUAUUUCUGGUGUUUAUGAGUUUUUGCAAAAUCUUUCACUUGCAAAAAGAACAUAUUCAGUAUUAGUCAGAGUAGCCCUAUUGAAUAGUAUGACUUUCAUUGGCUAUCACUCCAUAUUCUUAGCUACUGCUCGUGAGAGAAAGCUGAACACUUUCAAAGCAUGUUUCAUGGUUUAUUGUGUGUGUUCUAUUAAGAUAGUAAUACGUUUAGCAGGCUGGCUUCUCUGUCACAGAGCAGAAUACAAACAUAAUGCUUCUUCACACUGAGAAAACUUGGUAACUAAAAAAAUCCCUUUGAGAUUUUAUAGAAAGCAUAGGUAGCUUCCAAUUAAGGUUAGAUUUAUCAGCAGGCUACUUGUGAACAAACAGAAUGAUCUUUUGCUAGGAACAAAAGUCUUAGGAAAUAAGUGCUGACAUUUCCAAAACCAGUGUAUUUGUUGCAGAGGAAAACAGCUUUUACGAUUUCCUGUGUAAGGAUUGCAGCUAAGAAGAUCAAUAUGCUCUGUGUUAUCUGUACAUCUUGGUUUAAAAAAACAAAAAUUCUGCACCUAGGGAAAUCAGGCUUCAUGCCAAGAGUAGUGGAUUUCUCUGUGACCUGCAUGAAUUAUGUAAAUUUUGUCUAUUUGCAUAGGUAGCAAGUUCUUAGCAGAAUUCUCCCCAUCUUUAUUAUUGUGCAUAAUUCUGGCUUUGUUAGCCAUGAGACGAGGCAAGGAACUGUAUAGGACACUGAAGGCCCCCUCCUUCAGCAGUCCCUCUGGCUUUGAAAGCUUCAGCAGAUGUUUCCCAGACACUUCCAAACAGAUCUUUGCAAUCACAAGCAAAUUUUGCUUUUAAAAAUGAAAGCUGAGAUUCUCAGGAAGCUGGGAGUUCUGCUCUCCCACAGAAUUGCAGCAUACACAUGACCCUGAAUAAUCUAUUCCAUUUAAUGAAGGGCAAGUUUGUAUUUUACUUUUGCCAUGCAAAUUAAUAGAUGCUGUUCAGGUCUGUGGGGAACAUGGUUUGGGGUUGGAUUCAGAGAGUAGGCUCAUGCUCACGGAAUAUUCAUCACAGAAGGGAGGGUGCUUCUCAUCAGUUUUUCCCUCCCGCUGCAACUUAUUGUGCCCCUGAAAAUCUUCUGUGGAGGAUUGGAAAACUCUUCAGAACAGAAGGGAAGAUGCAGGGAGAAUUGACAAAAAUUGCCUCCUCUUCCAUCCCCACACACCUUGUUCAUUUCACAGAACUGUCAGUUUGGAUUGCAACCCCUUUCCCUGAAUGGAAAGUUGUGUCUGAGAGCCUCAUAAGGCUGGAAAAGGUGCAGAAAAUGACAACUAACGUAAUCGAAAAGCUGGAGCAAUCUGUUACAAGGAAAGUUUGCAGUGUUGCGAAGUAUAAAAUUAUGCAUGGUGUGAAGAAAGUGGAUGGAGAGAAGUGUUUCUCCGUCUAUCACAAUAUUAGAACCUGGGCUGAUUCAGUGAAGCUGAAUAGUGGAAGGCUCAGGACAAACAAAAUGAGGUUUUUCACACAGCACAUAAUUAAACUGGAAUUCACUACUGGAAGAUGUAGUGAUGAGACCAACUGGAAUGCUUUUAAAAGGGGAUUAAAAUGAUGGCUGUUUAUUAUUUCCAGUAUCAGAGGCAGUGUGCUUCAGAGCCCCGGUUGCUGGGGAGCAUGAGCCGGGGAGUGCUAUUGCAGGCAUGUUCUGCUUGUGGGCUUUUCAUAGCCAUUUAAAUGUGUGCACACUGUGGGAACAGAAUGCUACUCUAUGUAGUCCUUUCGACUGAUCAGUAGACUUCCAAGGUCCUUGACACAGUUCAUCUGGAAAAAGGUCUGACAAUGAAAAUCUGUCAGGUCAUAAGAAGUAGAAGAGGGGGACAGGUUUUGUUUCCACCACAAUGGAGUGUAUUAUUGCAGCCCCUUUUCUUUCUUGCAUAGGAUGAAUGUCUACCAUUCAUUUCUAUUCAAGAAUGCAAAGCUGAUACAGUUAAAACAUGUAAGUAUUGCCUCCAAGCUUUGGGGUCUUGGUUGGAUGAUACCUUUUUGAUCCACUGAACAGUUUUGAGUGUUUGGAUGAACAGUCAUUGGUUAUAGAUCGAUAAUGACUGUUAUGCAUACUUGCUGUUCAUAAAAUGUUUAGAGACAUUGACGCUUUGUGUCAAAAUGAUUGGGAAAUGCAAUCUGGUCACUGAAAAAGGCACCAAGUUUUCAGUUUAGAAAUAAAAUACUUAAAAUGUUAACUCCCAUCAGCUGGCCAGUAAAACUAUUCCAAACUUUCCAAAGAACAAACAGUGCAGAAUACACAAGAGGGAACUCCUGGAGACCACCUUGCUUAUUUCCUUCCUUCCCCGACCCCCUUACCCAUAUUUGUAUAUUUAGACACCAAGUUGUAUUUUAAUCCCCAAGGCUGCUUAGGAAAUAGUUUCCACAUUCCAGAAUCCACAGCAAUAAAAUACUUCCGUGAAAGGUUAAAAUUCCAAGUAGCAAGCUGUCCGGAUCUCCAUCUGAGCCUCGAGCAGUAAAAGAAGCAUGAGGGGGGAAAAUGCAUUAAUUACAUGUAGUCAUGUGGCACCAAAAUUUUAAUCCAGUAUUUUAAUCCAAAAAUUUAAUCCUGUAUAUAAAACUGAUCCCAGUUGAGCUAAUUGGAGAAUCUGGAUUGAUAAUUAAUGACACAUUAAAUUGAUAAAUGCACAACUGCAAUUAGUGAGCAAAGAUGAGAGAAGGAAUCCUGAAAAAAUACUGAAAAUCACAACCUUUCUUGAAUAUGUCCCCUUCUCAUGAGCAGCUACAGUUGCUUCUCACAUUGAGUAGGAUGGCGGCAAUUGUUCAUCCAGUAAAUAACAGGAUUGAUAGUUUGGGCUUACAUGAUGCAGGCAAUUUUUGCAGUAAUUUGUUUUCCAUUUAUUGCAGUGACUUUAUGAAAAGUGCCUGGACUGAUAUUGAACGCUUCAAAGAGCAAAAGAACCAUGACUUGAAAGAGGCCCUGAUAAGUUAUGCUGUAAUGCAGAUCAGCAUGUGCAAAAAGGUAAGUCUGUUGGACUAAUGUUUUAAACUUGGGAAGCACAGUAUGAAGAUUUAAUACAUGUUUCUGCCCUCAGGAAGGGAAGCCUCAGGAUACUCCUCUCUGCAUUACUCAGUAGCCUGCUUCCAAAGCCCUAUUCGGUUAUGCUCUGGGGAUAGGAACAUUCUGUUUGUGCUUAAGCAUAGAGCAUGCAUGAAUCCUGAAUCCUGAUGAAUGUAAGAUUUGUGCUCCUCCAUCAUGUGUAAAAUUCCCAGGAUUUUUAAGUGGAAAUGGAUGCAUGGAUUUGGGUAGUUGAUUCUAUCCAACUGUCAGUUUGAAAGCUCGCUUCAAAACCAGCAUUUUCUUUGUUGUUUUUUUUCCUAUUUCUUAUGAAGGGAAUUCAAGUUUGGACAAAUGCAAAAGAAUGUUUCAGCAAGAUGUGAUGUAUGGAACUCAGUCCUUCGUGGCAAAUUGCCAGAUAACAGAAGCACAAGUGCAUGAACAUGGAUACUAAGUUGCUACAUUAUUAAACCAUGGAAUUGGUGUAUUUGUGAAACUAGGGCACAAAGAAUUGGUCUCUGUUCCUUGAUGGCCACCUUGUGGCUUCUUUUGCAUGCAGUAGCAAAUUGAACAUUGUAGUUCUCUCUUGAGGUAAGGCUAUAAGGAGGAUCCAAGUUGGCUCCAAUGAUUACAUAAACAUACUAGGCUCUUGAACCACCAAUCUUUGCACUAUGUAAAUCAUUUCCAGGUACCCCUUCUUCAUAUGUUGCUGUUUCACAAUUGUAAUGCUAUAAGAUAUGCUGAUGUUUUGCCCAUUAUUAUUUUUUUGUCAUGGCACAAAAUUAUGUUUUCAAAGUUUAACCACCAUUUGUAACAUAACACAUGCAUUAUACAUAUCUGAAGAAACGUUUUCUCAAAAACUUAGCUUAAUCUUUAUAUCAAAUUUUUAAACGGUGGGGGUGCUCCAUACAGUACAAUGUGGUGUUUCUGUGCUUGAAUUUAAACCAAUAGAAAUCUAUUAUAGAAUUUCUCUAAUUGCCAGCACAUGAUUGAACAAUUAGCACUGAAUAGUUACUGUUACUGACCUCAGUAAAAAUGCUUAACACCAGCUUUAAAUUUACUCAGCAUCAUCCAUUAGGUUAAAAGUAUUUGGUUCUGCAUCAAUGUGUCUUUUUAAGAUUAUGCCGAACAUAAAAUUAUUUCCCUUGUUGAAUAGUAACAGCGUUCCACCCCACCUGGAAGAACACUAUUAAUCUGAAUUGCUUUUGCUUACACUUGUAGCAACAUAAAUGUGAAUUGCAUUUAUAUGUAUAUGCAUCUGUUUUGUUUACUGCACUCAUUUUGUCCAGAUUUUUUUUUUUUGAAAGGGAAAUGAAUAGAAUGAAUUGUUUGGUGUCUUCUCUGGUACAGUGUGUUCAAAAGCAAGGUUGCUCUUGCUCGCUCUGAAUCUUAAAAUGCAAGACACUAAUUCCCAGCUGUAGGAAAGAUCUAAUGCACAUUUGCUCUUCUGCAUAGGAGUCUUUAAAAUGUCACUUGAGUAAAUGUGGAAUCAUGCCAGACAUAAUUGUAGCAAAGCUUCUGAGAUUAAUAGUAUUCAUUUGUCAAGUAUGCAUUUAAUUAUUUCGGAUGAUAACACUGUAUUAGUUUACAUAUUACAAAAAGAACUUAAUCUGUUUAUUUCCCCCAAAUCAGAUCUUGUUUCUUGCUGCAGUUAUAAAACCAGGUUUCCAGAGUAAAAUGUUUUCAGCUAAAUUGAUGUAAUUUUUGAUGUGUGGUUUUAAAGGUUAACAACUUAUUUUAAGAAUGGUUUCAUCUUUAUUGUUUAAGUGGAAAAUUCAUCCACCUUAAGAUGAAUAUAUCUAUUGCCAAUCAUUCCAUUUCAAAGAACUGUAGAAUCUGGGUCCUAAAACUGAGUAAAAACUUGUACAUUCCAAAAAACAAUAAGCAGCUACAAAGUUAGAUUUUUCUAGUAAACUUCCUAGAGUAGUCGUGCCUUAAUUUAAUACCACUAGGCACUUGGAGUCAAUAUUUUCCAUGCACUUGAUCUUCCUAGUGCCUUCCCCUAUCCCGCUCCUCUAUUUCAUAAGCUGUAUAACUUAAAUGUAUUAGUAUGCCUUUUUCUUGCUAACUGUAUUAAAUCUGAGAAGGGAUCAAAAGGUUGUUGUAUGCUUUGUGCCAAAUGCUAAAUAAAACUACACUUUAUUAUUUUUUGUAUUUUUUGCACUUAUUUUGAAUUGUCCAAUUAUUAAAAUGGUUGUAUCCU